AUGGCCAACAAUACCAUCUACUGCGACCGCACCGCGCUCCGCACUGACGUCUGCAUCAUGUGCGGGGACGUUCGCACAGAGGUUGCCUCCAACUCACUCUUCUUGCUCGUGCGGACCAACUCGUCAACGGCCUCUGCCGCCGAGCGUAUCCAGCCUUGCAAGCCGUCACCCAUAGCUCCGCCCGCUUCGGCUCCAACACCGAAUCCGCCACCAGCUCCCGCGCCCCCUCCAAAGCCGCAACUGGCUCCAUCGUCGACGCUGUCGUCGUUCCCGCCACCAAAACCCACACCACCACCAAUGCUAUCACCUCCUCCAAAAGCCUCCGAUGUCGCCACCACCAGCACCACCACCAUCAAUGUCGCCUCCAGUGCCACCACCAACACCCGUGUCGCCACCUACGCCCCCUCCGGCACCAAACCCACCAUCGAUGCCACCUCCACCCCUGAAUCCACCGCCACCGCCCAUUCCUCUUCCACCUCCAGUGCCGACACCGCCUCCAAGUCCGGCGCCACCGCCCAUUCCUCCUCCACCUCCUAUGUCGGCACCGCCUCCAAGUCCAACACCGACUCCCACACCACCACAAGCUCCAAAACUAGCUCCACCACCGGAACUGAAUCCACCAUCCACUCCUGCUCCACCACAUCUGGCCCUACACAAGUAGAGGAAACCCAUGGGCGGUCGGCUCCUACGGCAGCCAGCCCUAAUGCCCAGCUCCACCUCUCACUCCUUCCGCGCGCGCGACACUAA